GCUACACUUCCAACUUCAUCGUUCAUGGAACUGACGAUCAGUAUACGUGCACACUGAUGCACAUUAGAUUCAUCACCAUAGUCGACAACGAACCAUCAUGGCGAUGGGUUUUGUUUGUGUCUUUGAUUUGCAAUUGAAAAAUUUGUCGUGAUGGUUUGAACCACAUUUUUGAUAUAAUCAUUUCUCACAUCAACGAGGGGCCUCUUCUUACUUUUUUUCUUUAUUUUUGUAUAAAUUAUAAAUUUAACUAUGGUGAAGUUGACUGAGGAGAUGGUCGUGGCUCGGACACGCGUGUCCGAUUUCUCUGCCGUAAAGAAACUUAAUUGUUGGGGUAAUGAAUUAACCGAUGUAACCAUUUUACGGAAAAUGAAAAAUGUGGAAGUAUUAUCCUUAAGUGUUAACAAUAUCAAUACUCUUGCUGAUUUCCAAUAUUGUCUAAAUCUUCAAGAUUUGUUUAUAAGGAAGAAUGAUAUUAAAGAUUUAAAUGAAGUUUGUUAUCUUCAAGGCUUACCUAAUCUACGAAAUUUAUGGCUUGGUGAAAAUCCUUGUGCCGAGAAAGAUGGGUAUCGAUUAGCAGUUCUAAGGACUUUACCAAGUCUGCAAAAACUUGAUGAUAAAGUAGUGUCACCUGAGGAGGUGCAAACUGCAUUAACAAGAGGUCCUAUUUUGGUUCAUCCUCUUGAUAUGGAUGCAUCUCCACCACAAUCGGACACAAUCAGUCCAGAAGAUAUUGUCACUGAAUAUAUUGAAGAAACUGAAGUGAUACGACAUCGAAGAUAUAGUUCUUCGAGUGAUCAGAGAAGUUUUGAAGAGACACAGCAUACUCAAGAAGAGUUUCAUGAUCCAGAUCGUAGGAAUGCAAACUAUAAUGCAUCACCAUCUCAUUGUUAUUCACAAAAUAAUCAGUAUACAUAUGAACCUCAGAAUGGACAGUCAAAAAAUCACAGCAAAGAUGACACUGUACAUACAGAGUCACGCAGCAUCAGUGAAAAUGUGACCACUAACACUGUUGAAAUAAUCAAGGAGUACGAUGACCGGCCAGCAGUUUCAAGACAUAAUGGAGAAUAUGAUGAGAGAAGAGCUUAUUCAGAUUAUAGUAAUAAUGAAACAACUCAACGUACAUAUGCAGCAACGUCACCACGUGCGCAGUACUCUUUAAACGAAACCAUAGAAGAUAGACGUUCAGAUAGAAGCAAUUAUGAAUAUGAUAAUAGAUUAAAAUCAGACUAUGAAGAACAACACGAGCAAAGGAUAAAGUCAGAUUACGAAGAACAUCAACCACCACCUCAAACUAGACGACCGGCAGUCCAUCAUAAUGUUGAGAGGGAAGAUUCAAAUCAGGUGCCUGGAUGGGUGAGACAUUCUGACAAGGAAAAAUGUAGAUCACAGUUUCACUAUCACAGAAGGCCUGUUACAAGGAACUCAAAUAUAUUAUCAGCCGUGUUAUGCUUAGUUAAAGAGCUUGAUUAUCCAAGUUUAGAAGUAGUAGAAAUGGCUGUUAGGAAUCGAAUGGACGAAUUAGAGGAAUGAUGUUUCUGACACCGUCCCCAAAAUUCUCAGGGGACGGUUGCCUUCUCUCACAUGGGCAGUCUUUCUUCAAUUCCAAGUCCAGAAUUUUCGGAUUCUCUCGAUACUACAAUAACUCCUUAUCAAUGCAUUGAUAACGAUGCAAAUUGUAAUUUUGCUCAUCGCACAUAUGAUCGGCAUCUAAUUGACGAUAAUACUGAAAAACGUCAAAUUCGCCAUAAUGGAUGCAUAGAAACUUGCUCGAAAAAUGUAUCGAUCGAUCCAAGUCCAAGGAAUUCUGGAAACAAUCAAUGCACGUAUAAACUUAGAGACUCUGUACCGGAUAACUUAAUGUCAGUAGUCGGUAAUUGUGAAGAAAGAAAAGCCAAUGAUGUUAGAAGAGUAGCAAGCAGUGACAGCAUCCCACGAGGUGGUUAUAGUGGUUUAACUUUGAGUCCAGGGUGCAGAGUUUUAAGUCAAGAUUGUGUGAGAAGAUCGAAAAGUCCUGACGUUAGAAACACAAUUGUUCCCCUUCGCUACAUUCAAUCGGCGAAAGGUACUUGGACAUAUAAUUUGUAAGUUAAAUUGUAAAUUGCGUUAAUACUCUCGAAGUGAAAAGAUUCUUUUAGACAUGUGUUUUGAGGAAUUCUCAAAUAUUAUUGAACUAAUCAUUACAUAACUUAAAGGAAUCGACGAAGUUUCGUCGAGUUUCUUGAGAGGAAAGAUAUUUAAAAAAAAAUAUAUAUAUAUAUAUAUAUGUACUUAUAUAUAAUUAGAAACAAUUGUGAUAUUUCU